CACCCCCCCCCAGAUCAGUCUUGAAGAAAUUCUAGCCGCCUGGGAGCUUGUUCAUUCAGAGCGUCGCCGUUCAGUUGGAAGCGAGUUGGCAGCGCAUCACGUGGCGAGUCGGGACCGAAGCCUUCCUUGCUUUCCGCACGCCCGCACGCCUUGUGGAAAGUGCACCGUGCCUUUGUGUUGUGUUCCAAUUUAGGAACCCUGGUGACUUCUGAAAGGAAGACUCUCCCAUCUUGACUUCUGCUGCGACUUGAACCUUGCAGGAGUGUUUGAGGUAGAUUACGGGGCGCUUAAAAGGGGGGGAAAAGAGGCCCGAAAGAAAUCCCAGAUGGCCAGCAACAACACCACCAGCAUCGCGCAAGCCAGGAAGCUGGUGGAACAACUCAAAAUGGAAGCAAAUAUUGACAGAAUAAAGGUGUCAAAGGCGGCUGCAGACUUGAUGGCCUACUGCGAAGCCCACGCCAAGGAGGACCCUUUAUUGACCCCGGUCCCUGCCUCAGAAAAUCCCUUCCGGGAGAAGAAGUUCUUCUGCACCAUUCUGUAAACCUCACGAGAGCCCAACCCUGACCGGGGCCACCCUGGACAAUGAUGUAGAGAUUUUUUCGGAGGCGCGGACUCGUUUCCGGAGUCCGCCCCAUUUCAAAAGAACCAAGCGGCCCAGGCGUUGACAGGGGACAGCAUGUUUUCGAGAGAAAAGGGCCUCCGUCGUCGGAGCUCGUGGGGUUGAGCUGUUUCAGCAGGCUAACCGGUCUUGACGGCCGCAGAGCCGCCUGGAGAGGGAGGGGGGAAAUAUUGUGUCAGAGGGUCAGUGUAACGUCGACAUCCGCUCUUGCUAAACCAACCUUGCUAAACUUUGUUUCCUUCCCCCCCCACCCCCCUCCCAAAUUUAAAAAAAUGAAAACAGAGUUGCACGGAGCAGAGCUGCAACUGACGCUGAGGGAUAUGUUUGUAUAUGUGCGUUGAGUAGUCUUCUGGGAUUUGUUUUGGCCCUUCCCGACGUCACUUUUAUUUAAAGUUCAAUUGUAAAAUAAUCACAACAGGUUAGAGCGAUGAGGGCAUUUCUUAGCAGUGGGUAUUAUGCAUAUUUAGCGACUUAGAGUAGAGCCACACGAGGAAGGGCAGCAACCAGUGACGGAUCUGCUGGGGCCGUUCUGUCUCUCUCUGUCUUGUUUUCUUUCUCAAGGAGUUGCCGAGAAUGUGGCGUCUUGGCAGAGAAGCGGUGGGGCUGUCUUGCGUAUCCUUAUUGUACUUUGUGCAGCUGUUUUUCUAUCAUUUCUAUCUGGUAGCUUUCGUUCUGCAAGUAAAUUGUACGUUGUGAAAA